AUGUCUACAAGUAACCCUCCUGCCGCACGGCGCGACUUCACCGCCCGAACCCAUGCUACAAGCUAUCCAUACAUCUCGCCACUAUCACAAGACCUUUCUGGAGCUCACGUGCUUAUUACUGGAGCGGCCUGGGAGGAUGGCGUAGGCUAUGCAACCGCUAAGGCCUUUGCACGGGCCGGUGCUUCUGCCAUUGCUGUGAUAGACCUUCACGGAGUCUCUGAUCAACUUGUCUCCCAACUCAAGGCUGCUGCUGUGGAAGCAGGUCGUCCGGAACCACUCGUGCUCAGCGGCCAUGUCGACAUCUCUCAAAAGGAGAGCGUAUCGGUGUUCCAAAAGACACUUUCCGAAGCCUUCAAUGAUCGGCUGGAUAUUCUUGUCAACAAUGCUGCCCACCAAGAGCCAUAUGGGUCGGUGUUGGACGCGGACCCAGAUGUAUACUGGAGGACGUGGGAGGUCAAUGUUCAUGGACUGUUCAAUAUGACUCGUGCAUUCCUACCAAUGCAGAUUCGCACCCGCAAAGACCAUGGCGGUCUAUGUACUAUGAUCAAUGUAUCAUCUUCUGGAGCGCUGAGCGUGCGAAAAGGCGGUGCCAGCUAUAGAUCAUCGAAACUUGCCGUACUCCGCUGGACAGAAGCACUGAACCUGGAACACGGUGAUGACGGCCUACUUACCUUCUGCGUCAACCCAGGAGCGAUCAAAACUCAGAUGACUAUCAACGAGCCUGGGGAGUUGCGUAACAAGUUGCCGCAUAAACAAGAAAUCGCAGGCGAUACUAUCGCUUGGCUGGCCUCGGAACGAAGGGAGUGGCUUGGCGGAAGGUACAUCAGCUGCCCAUGGGACAUGGAAGAGCUCAUGGCCAGAAAAGACGAGAUUGUGGAAGGCGACAAACUGAAGGUCCGCAUGCAGUUUUGA